UCGACGGGCGCUGCCUCCGGCCCUGGGAGCGCCUCCGGCCGCCGAACCACAACAAACGGCGGGGCCCUGCCAGGCGCCGAUGGAGGAGGCUGAGAGGAUGGGCUGAAACCAACAGUGAAGGCAAGAUGACGGAGGAGUAUGGCAAGGAGGGCCCCAUCCUCAGCAUCUUCCUGUCAGAAUUCCACAACAUUGCAGGCCCUAAAAUAGUGUAUCAGUACCCAGAGAACUAUGUCACAAAGGAGGUGUUUGAUGCAGUUUCUGUCUACAUCAUCCCAAAGCCACAGAUCCAGAAGAGGAUCAUCACGGUCAAUGUCCUCGGCCACAAGAUAACGGGCUACCCCAAUGAGAUCAAGAACCUCAAAUAUGUGCGCAAUGCCCUCAUUUUCAACCUGUGCUUCGUGUGCGACUCCAAGUCCCGCACCGUGCACUAUGAGCCCGCUGUCAAAAAGCUCUCCGAAUACCUGGAGAACCUAGAGCUGGAGAACGGCUUCCUCUCGAAUGAUGGCAGUCGAGAGCAGAUACCCAGGAUGCUGCGCCACAUCCUGGAGGAGCUCAAUGCACGGGGAGAGUGCACUGUGACAGUGAACUUGAGUGACCAGAAGCUGGUCACAUCAGAGCACUCCGAGCGCAAGCUAGGUGACAAGGGGGAGCGCAGGAUGAGUCUCCUGAGUGACAGGAGGCACCCCAUUGGUGAUGGGAAGAUUGGGGGCCAGGAAGGCCACGAAAGGAGGAUGAGCAUGCUGCCCGACUUGCAGCAAGAGGAGGUCUCCCAGAGGGUGCUGCGGAAGCCCUCAGACUCCGAAUCCAGGGCCCGUCGCAAGUCCUUUGACGGGAAGAACAAGCAAGGCCUCAGCACAUCUGUUCUUCAUCUCAAGGUGGUUCGCAUAUGGCCUGACCCCCCCCAUGUGCUCGACCACCACGUCCCCAUUCUGAUUUCAGAGCGGGUGCUCAGCCAGGGGGAGCACUGGGAUUUGACCACACAGCAAGUCCUGCCCUACAUUGAUGGCUAUGCACACGUGGCCAAGAUUGCUGCAGCAGCUGAUGUCGAAAGCAACUUAGUCAAGGCGUGCGUGGAAAACCUGCUCUACUAUGACCAAGUGCGUCUGCUACCCAUCUUCCAGUACUCUAACAUAUACACAGUGACAUCGAACAUCGGCAAGCUCUAUGACAACCAUGAACUACAAGAGGAAUGCCAGCGUGCUGUUGGGAAGAAUUCUACCUCGUUGCCACAGCUGUCACAUAUCAUGAUGCUCUACUGCAGCAUGACGUAUGGGGUGAGUGUGCGGGACCUGUGCAUCCGCUUCAAUCCACAGGCGCUCAAUGUGGAUGAGCGGAGACUCAUUCAGUUUGGCCUCCUGCACAACCUCAUCCGGCGGCUGCAUCAGUAUCCAGUGUUUCUCAGUCCUGAUGGGGGAGGUGGAGGAGGAGGAACAGGAGGAGGGGCUCCCCCACCCCAGGGCACCCCCAGCAGGCUGAGUGCCAUACACCGGUUGUGCAAUGGUUCACACUCCUACGAUGAGAUCUGCAGCCGGCUGGGAAUGACGCACAAGGAAUUGCAUGACAAGGUGGAGAGGGACCCCAACAUCCAUGUGUUGUGGAAGUGAAGGCGAUGCAAAGGGUUGAUUCCAGAGUGGAGAGUGAAGCCAAAGUGGGACUUGGAAUAGCGUUGGCAUAGGAAGUGGGAGGUGGAGUACGGCUUAAGCCUGAAGUGGAAAGUCUAAGAGAAGGGGGAGGAUAGUGAUAAAGGGAAGUGUAAAGGAAAAAGGAAAUGGAGGCUGUUGGAUGGGAAAUAGAAAAGGAAAAGUGAAGGGAGAGCUGGCAUUGAAUUGGGGUGGAAGUAUGAAGUGUGAAGUGUGAAGUAGGAGGUGAUGUGAAGAGGAAGCAAGAAUGAUACACUUCGAUUUUAAUUGUUUAUUUGUGUGUUAAAUUGAAAUUUGUUACCUAAUUCUUUUGGGCUAAUAUGAUUUUAAAAAGAUUUCCUCAUUGUUGUGCCUUCUAAUUUCUGUGUUUCCCUUAUUUGCUUGAUCUCUUAGAAUUAUUUUUAUUCUUUAUACUCAUCCUCUCUUACAUUACAACCUCCUCGUCCAUUAUUAAUAAAACCUUAAAUAUCAAGACACAGUAGAAGUAGAUAAAAACAAGUGGUAGCAAAGACAGCGUUGUGCAUUUAUGGAGCAUUGGAUUUGUGUGUAGGUGGCAGUGGUGGAAAGAGUAUUUGUGGAAUGAGUGUGUGGGUAAUUUGUUCAGGUGUGUUUGUGUUGAGGCAAGAAAUCUAGGAAGGCCAUCUGAUAAUCAUUUGCUCAAACAAGGAUUUUGCAUUUUGAUAUUGAAGCAGAAAUAAUGACUCUUUCAUUGUGACAAAUGUAGAAAAUGCCUGAAUGAGAAUAAAUAAAUCCACAGUAUGGUAUAUGUAACUGACAUGUAUGUAUUACCUCUUCAUGUGAAUCAGGUCAUUGUGGUGAAAAUAGGAUAGUGAAGCAUGCAUUGCAAAUCUUGCGGUGUGGAUGUAUUAAUUCUCAUUCAUUCCUUUUCUAAAUACUACAACUGUAAUAUGCCAGAGUAUUAUAUACAACUGGAUUUAUUACAAUAUCAUCACAUUUCUCUCUAUAUAUAUUAUAGCUUGUAUCUGACAGAGUUUAUUAACUAAAGGAAAUAUGUUUAUAUAGACCUAAUUGUGAUAAACUGAAAUAAAGGUUUAUGUCUACAAAA